GAGUCAUCUACAUGCUGCAGGUCAUAUCUGCGUUCUUCAAGAUGCUUUCCUGUAUGAAAGUCCAACUGAAAUAGCAAAACUAACCUCUGCAGACAAGUUUGAUGCAGCCCUGGCCAUUCAUCUUUAUAAAGGAGGCAGACUUCUGCAAGGUAGCAGAAUUCCUUUUGGAAUCAUCUUUGGUGGGACAGAUGUAAAUGAAGAUAUCAAAUGUGAAGAGAAACGUCGGGUAAUGGGAGCAGUGCUAGAAGAAGCCAGGUUUGCAGUGGCUUUCACGAUGAAAAUGAAGGAACUGGCAGCAGCAGAGUGGCCAGAAGCUACGAAGAAAAUAUAUGUCCAGACUCAAGGAAUUCAGACUACACCCAGUGAAACGUUUGACUGGUAUAGAUUUCUACAGAACGCAGACAUUCCUACGGGUGCAGGCAGUUUACAUAUGUUUCUUUUGAUAUGCGGACUUCGAAGAGUCAAAGACCCUCUGUAUUUAGUAGAUGUAUUUUCAGAUUGGCACAGAAAGGAUCCCAGUGUCCAUCUGGGCAUAAUUGGACCUGCAGUCGAUCCACUUUUUACAAGUGAAGUUAAGGAAAAAGUUAAGAGGGCCCCUGGAGUACACUUAUUACAGGAGCUGCCGCAGGAUGAUCUUCACGCUGCUAUGAAAAGGUGCUUUGCUGUGGUGAACAGCUCCAUUUCAGAGGGGAUGUCGGCUGCAAUUCUGGAGGCAAUGGAUUUAGAUAUUCCAGUGCUGGCGAGGAACAUUCCUGGGAACGCAGCGAUCAUAAAACAUCAGGAAACAGGCCUGCUGUUUUCAAACCCCCAGGAGUUCGUUGUGCUGUCCAAGAGUUUGAUGAAUGACCCCGCUAUGGAAACAGAAAUUGUGACAAGGGCCAAAGACUACGUGAGGAAACAUCAUUCCUGGGAGGGUGAAAGAAAAGCCUAUCAGAAUCUCGUCCUAAGGCUCCAGUGA